AUGUCAGAAGAUUUCGCAAGCAGAUAUACUCUAGCGAAUAUACCACGUAAUGCAGCACCAUACCAAACAGUAAGGUUUCUGGAUUGGCUUGAACGUCUCAAAUCUGUUGGAAUGCGGCAUGAUAUUGCCCUUGGUGUCAUGGUGGCGAUACUCACUGGACAACGUCGCGGUGAUGCAGCUUCAAAUUUGUUCAAACAUGUGACAGCUGUGCAAAAUGACGAGAUUGUCAAGGAGCUGUUCGUGGCUGUAAGAGAGGCUAUUGCAAUAGCAUCUCCAUUUGUAGGAUUACCCAACACUAUGCCAGCAAAUUUUGGCAUCAUUGCGGUUCUGAAAGACCGUGGGAUAGCGAGCAUUGAAUCAAAGUCUAGGGCCAACUUCGCAAAAGAGGACUAUGAGAAAAUCGGACACACCACGAGCCAAGCCAUUUAUCGAGGCGUGGGCAACAAAGAGGUGGGACAAAUGCUCGCUCAAUAUAUGCCUGACUUCUCGACAUAUAACACCUUUAGUAUUUUUGGAUACUUGUGUGGGGGUUCCACCGUCUUCAGCCUUGCAGAAGUUGAGACAAUUGUGGUUUCAGCAAUAAUAGGACUGGGUGCUACCCGACAAGCACGAAGUCAUACGAAAGCAGCCAUGCAACUGGGGAUUAGUGUCGAGAUUUUGAGUACUAUUGACGCAGUCGCGCAACAAAUCGCAGCUUGGAACAAAACACCACUUCCCGAGGUUCUUGAUCUGGCACAGCUACGCAACGAGCUCUCAAGCGAAUUGGAAAAGCUCGCAACCUGCUAA